AGAAUAGAGAGAGGUAGGAGUCUGCGAGCCAAGCAGUACCCAAACAGCACCACCAUGGAGCACCACCCAGAUGGGUUGCAUCAAAACAAGUACCACAACCCUUUCCCUCUUCCCUGCUGCCGGGACUGGACCUGGGACUGGCGGCCACUGUUCUUGACACCCCGGGCCCAAUCCAUCAUCAUCCAUCCACCAAAUUCGCGUGUACCUUGGCCGUUUGGCUACCCUGCAACUUCAGAAAAGAAGUUGGGUAUGGCAUGGGAGAGACAAGGGCGGCUUGCUGGCGUUGCAGCCUCCCCUGCCUAUUCUACCCUUCGAUUUGCAACGACCCAUUCACGGUUACUGGUCAGGGUACCUUGACCUAUGGACGCCAAUCCAUCCAUGGUCCAUCUUGGCUCCAUCUCAAUUGCGCCGUUGCUAACAAGUUGCACAAAAACCACCUGGUGCCACUGACACCAGAUCUUUGUCGACUGACUGCCCUGGCCGCCAACUACUUACGGGCGCGAUAUCCCAGCAACAAAAAGGCCGACCUUAAACAAGACCCAAAAACACAAAAUCACGCCUUCCACCGGCUGUUAGUCUCAACUGGUUCGACCUCUAUUCCUCUUGUCGUCCACGCCAGAGGCCCCAAGGAACGCGCCGUUUCGGUCUGCAGCCCCCCGACAACGACGAGUCAACGACCUCCUCGCAUCCAACAACCCAACUCGCACGAAACACUGCAUACAGUGCCACUGGCGCCCCGAAGAUUCACUGAACCAGAAUCAUCUGCAUCAUCUUUGUCCAACCCAACGGCCUGGCAGUCUGUGCUUGUUGUCUUCACUGGCCGUAUAGCUUGCCUCGUCGACGCUGAUAAAGGCUUCAACAGGACAACAGCCUUGGCGUUCAAGCUCCAGAGGCCCAGGGCCUUCGCUAUCACUCUAUCAGCCAUCUUAUCCCGCAACCAGAUAUCUUUCUGUCCGGUUCACUCAGACCAGUCUUUCAAAACUUGCGUGUAGAUUCGGGAAGCACUGGCACGGACAAGAAGCAACCGGAAUCCCAAAUACGACCCCUUGCGCCAAACACAAAACUGCGCAUAUUGCAUUCGGGAAUGUCCGCUGUCAACUUGGUACUUGGAU